AAAUGGUCAGGAAUUAAUUAUCGGGUGAAUUAGAAUAUAAGUUUUGUGAGUAUAGUGAGAAAAAUUAUGUAUUUUUAAUAUGGCAGAAAAGUUAGCGGACGGUAGAAAAGGAAAGAGGGGGACAAAUUUUACAAACCCAAAGAAGCAGAUGCUUACCGUAAUAGUAAAAAAAUAUAAAAAUAUAAUGGAAAAUAAAAGGACAGAUGCUGCUACCACCAAACAAAAAGCUCAAGCUUGGGAGAAAAUUUCCCAAGAUUUCAACGCGAAUGGAAUUUCUCCAGAACAUCGUCCAGCCGUCAAAUUGAAAGUUUUGUGGGGCAAUCUGAAACGGAAUACCCGAAAGAAUUUCAGCAAUUUACGUCAAGAAACUUUUAAAACCGGUGGUGGAAGCAAUCCUCUAAAAGAAGAUCCUCUUGCAAUGCAAGUUGAAGAAAUAAUUGGCAACACAGCUGAGCCAAUGGAGAAUGCUUACGACGAAGCCGCACUGUCAGAAAAUAAUGACGAGGUGACGGGAAGCUUAGAAUGGAUGUAUGAGGAGAUUCAAAUUGACGAAGAUUUCAUUGUGCAACCAACAGUCGAGGAAUCUGAGCUAUAUGUUUUAUAUUUUUUUUUAAUAUUCUGUUGAAGA